AUGGAUGCGCUGACCUUCGAGGAGGUGGCUGUGUAUUUCACCAGGGAAGAGUGGGCUCUGCUGGACUCUGCUCAGAGAGCCCUCUACAGAGACGUCAUGCAGGAGAACUAUGAGACUGUGACCCUUAUAAAGCAUCACAGAAUCCACACAGGGAAGAGGCCCUAUGAAUGCACUGAGUGUGGAAAAUGCUUCCCUAGCAGCUCAGCCCUUUCUCAACAUCAGAGAAUCCACACAGGGGAGAGGCCCUAUGAAUGCAGUGAGUGUGGGAAAACCUUCAGUCGCAGUUCACACCUUUCUCAACAUCAGAGAAUCCACACAGGGGAGAGGCCCUAUGAAUGCAGUGAGUGUGGGAAAAGCUUCACUAGCAGUUCACACCUUUCUAAACAUCAGAGAAUCCACACAGGGGAGAGGCCCUAUGAAUGCAGUGAGUGUGGAAAAUGCUUCACUAGCAGCUCAAGCCUUUAUCAACAUCAGAGAAUCCACACAGGGGAGAGGCCCUAUGAAUGCAGUGAGUGUGGCAAAAACUUCACUAGCAGCUCAAGCCUUCUUACCCAUCAGAGAAUCCACACAGGGGAGAGGCCCUAUGAAUGCAGUGAGUGUGGUAAAUGCUUCAGUAGAAGCUCAGGCCUUUAUCAACAUCAGAGAAUCCACACAGGGGAGAGGCCCUAUGAAUGCAGUGAGUGUGGAAAAUGCUUCACUGACAGCUCAUCCCUUUCUCAACAUCAGAGAAUCCACACAGGGGAGAGGCCCUAUGAAUGCAGUGACUGUGGGAAAACCUUCAGUCGCAGUUCACAGCUUAUUAGGCAUCAGAGAAUCCACACAGUUAAGAGGCCCUAUGAAUGCAGUGAGUGUGGCAAAAACUUCACUAGCAGCUCAAACCUUCUUACCCAUCAGAAAAUCCACACAGGGGAGAGGCCCUAUGAAUGCAGUGAGUGUGGGAAAAACUUCACUAGCAGCUCAAACCUUCUUGCCCAUCAGAAAAUCCACACAGGGGAGAGGCCCUAUGAAUGCAGUGAGUGUGGAAAAAACUUCACUAGCAGCUCAAACCUUCUUGCCCAUCAGAGAAUCCACACAGGGGAGAGGCCCUAUGAAUGCAGUGAGUGUGGAAAAUGCUUCACUGACAGUUCAUCCCUUUCUCAACAUCAGAGAAUCCACACAGGGGAGAGGCCCUAUGAAUGCAGUGAGUGUGGGAAAACCUUCAGUCGCAGUUCACACCUUAUUAGGCAUCAGAGAAUCCACACAGGGGAAAGGCCCUAUGAAUGCAGUGAGUGUGGGAAAACCUUCAGUCGCAGUUCACACCUUAUUAGGCAUCAGAGAAUCCACACAGGGGAGAGGCCCUAUGUAUCCAGUGUGUGUGGAAAAUGCUUCACUAGGAUCUCAGACCUUAUUAGACAUCAGAAAAUCCACACCGGAGACAAACCCUAUGAAUGCUGUGAGUACGGGAAAAGUUUCACUCAGAGAUCAGCCCUUAUCUCUCAUCAGACAAUGCACACGGGAGAGCGACCCUACGAAUGCUGCAAGUGCGGGAUAAGCUUCUCUCGGAGCUCAAACCUUACUAUGCAUCAGAGGAUCCACACAGGAGAGAGACCCUAUGAAUGCCGUGAGUGCGGGAAACAUUUCACUCACCUCUCCUCCCUUAUCUCUCAUCAGAGAGUCCACACGGGAGAGAGACCCUAUGAAUGCAGUGAGUGCGGGAAAAGCUUCUCUCGGAACUCAACCCUUAUUACACAUUACAGAAUCCACACAGGGCAGGGACCCUAUGAAUGCUGCGAGUGUGGGAAAAGCUUCAGUCAUAGCUCAGGCCUUUCUAAACAUCAGAGGAAACUGCUGGACCCCCAGGCUGCACCAUCCAGCCACCCUGAGGCCCCUGCAGACACCCAGUUGACCGCCAAGGAUGCGACGCUGGAUGCCUGGACAUUACCGACUCUGGACGUAAGGGUGGGAAGUGACUCAGGGAACGGGACUGUUGCAGUGAGAGAUCAACCCUGGACACAGGAGUAUUGGUUCCUCAAGGCCCUGGGUCAGGACCUGGUGGAGUGGGGUGGUCCCAAGUCCCUCUUCCCCACACUGCACCCACCACUGGAUGGAGUCACCACCUGA